UAUAAUAAACCUUCCCCCUCUCUCUCUCUCUCCUUCACUUUCUCUCUCUAUAUCUCUCUGUAUUUACUACCAGAAUCAAUCCAAGCAAAACGCCACUUAGCUUCUUCAAUCUCUCUCUCUCUCUCUCUCUCUCUCUCUGUGGGCAAUGGCGGUUCCUCCGACGGUCGCCGCCACUCCGGCGUCGCUGUACGUCGGCGACCUCCACCACACCGUCACCGACGGCCAGCUUUUCGACCACUUCUCCGAGUUCAAGAGCCUCGCCUCCGUCCGAGUCUGCCGCGAUUCCUCUACCGGACGCUCACUCUGUUACGGUUACGUCAACUUUCUCUCUCCGCAAGAUGCGAUUCGUGCUAUUGAGAAGAAGAAUCACUCUGUUUUGAAUGGAAAACGGAUAAGGGUUAUGUGGUCGCAUCGUGAUCCUGAUGUAAGGAAGAGUGGAAUUGGUAAUGUGUUUGUGAAGAACUUGAAUGAAUCAAUUGAUAAUGCACAACUUCAAGAAAUGUUUCAAGAAUUUGGGAAUAUUGUUUCGUGCAAAGUUGUCAUGUCCGAUGAUGGGAGGAGCAAAGGAUAUGGGUUUGUCCAGUUUGAUUCUGAGCAAUCUGCAAAUGCUUCCAUUGAAAAGCUUAAUGGAUUCAAUAAUGGAGGGAAGCAUAUGUAUGUUGGUAAAUUUGUGAAAAAGAGUGAUAGGAUUUUACCUAGUCCUGAUGCUAGAUAUACAAAUUUGUAUGUGAAGAAUUUGGAUCUAGAUGUCACAGAAGAACUUCUUAAGGAGAAGUUCUCUGAGUUUGGUAAAAUUCUCAGCUUAAUUAUCUCGAAGGAUGAGUAUGGGACCUCUAGAGGUUUUGGAUUUGUGAAUUUUGACAGCGCAGAUGGCGCCAAGAGGGCAAUAGAAGCUAUGAAUGGAUCACAACUUGGUUCCAAGGUUAUCUAUGUUGCUAGAGCACAGAAGAAAGAAGAGCGCGAGCAGAUUUUGCGUCGCCAGUUUGAGGAGAAACGAAAGGAGCAAAUAAUGAAAUACCAGGGUUCAAAUGUCUAUGUCAAGAAUUUUGAUGAUGAUGUCACUGAUGACGAGCUGCGAGAACACUUCAGCCAGUGUGGCACGAUCACCUCUGCAAAACUAAUGCGAGAUGAAAAAGGAACCAGCAGGGGGUUUGGGUUUGUCUGCUUCUCAACUCCUGAGGAGGCCAAUAAAGCUGUGAACAAUUUUCAUGGAUUCAUGUUUCGUAAGAAGCCUCUAUAUGUGGCUAUUGCUCAAAGGAAAGAGGAGAGGCAAGCCCAAUUACAGAUUCAUUAUGCGCAGCGUCUGGCACGACUAGUGGGACCUUCAACUGUUUUUCCUGGGGGAUAUCCUUUUUAUUAUGCAGCUCAUGGUGUUGUUUCACACGUACCUCCACAACUGGGGAUGAUGUAUCAACCUCUUGCUUUGACGCCAAGAUGGAGGGGUAAUGGAUCUUCACCUCCAGCCAGACCAGGUUUUCAUCUGUCACCGUUUCCUGUGAUUUCUAAUACUCCAAGACGACAUAGGCAAAACAGGGGAAGGAUGAAUGGGCAUAUGCUUCCACAGCAUGGUGGUCAUAUUGUUUCUUCUGUUCCACAUGUGCAACAGUCCUCUCAGUCAGUGGCCUCAUCAAAAGAUUCAAGCAAGCAACAGCAUGCUGGGCAAGUAAGGUAUGUGCCAAAUGCAUGUGUGGAUGAAAUGAACAAAGGAUCUGAAAUUUCAUCUCCUGUUUCCAGUUCAGUCGGAUCUGGUUCUGAAGGCUCCGAAAUGUUGAGCAGCAAGCUUGUUGCCGCUCCCCCUGAGCAACGGAAACAAAUACUUGGGGAGCGGCUUUACCCUCUUGUCCAGAAACACAAGCCUGAUCUUGUUGCAAAGAUAACGGGAAUGCUUUUGGAGAUGGACAACUCAGAAUUGCUUCUCUUAUUGGAGUCACCAGAGUCACUUGCUGUCAAGGUGGAAGCAGCUGUGCGGGUACUCAAGAUCUCAAACACAAAUCUAUCUGACGAGGACUCGCUUCAUUCUAGUUACCUAUCCGCUGAGGUUGCAGUGAACUGAAAAGAAAGUUGUGCCUGAUUACAAUAAUGUUAGAAAUACUAAUUAGUAUACCAACCAACGUACCAACUAGACACAAUGUUAAGUGGGUCCCUUGCCAAGUGAUUGUUUCUAUAUGCAUGUUUGGCAUCUUAGUUGGUAUGUUUGUUGGUUACACUAAUUAGUGUUUUUGGCAUUACUGUAAUACUUGUAGAGGAUAUGUUGCGGCACAAGCUCUCAUGAGCAAGUUUCAUGGUAGUUACCUUCAGUGAACCUUUAUGCAUUUCUUCAGAUACUUUUUCUAUUCAGUUUUAUUCACAGUAUGGAAUGAAUAUUUAUAUCUUUGAACA